GUGGGGGUAAAAUGGUGGGCACAAAGGAGCCACGGCUUGCCUCCUCCUGCGAUGUGACGUUGCACAGGGAGGGAGAGGGGAGAGGGGGUGAAGAGUGGGGUAAAGGACGAAGGGUGGCAAGGAAGAAGGGUAACUCGAGCACUUCCAAUCGAGUUUCCCGCUGUCAGUGGCUGGUGGUCCCCGUUGACGUGGAACCGGCCUCUCUGCCCGUUUGCCAGCAUCUCAUGAAAACGCUAAAUAGACGCCGGGAAGAAGCAGUAUCGCCGGAUAAUGGCGAAUUCAUCGAUUAAGUUAAAUUGAUACUUGCAACUUCUACGCCGAUACCAAUAUCUCUUUAUUUAGGAUCGAGAUAAUGGAUGUAAAACUAAAAUUUUCAAAUUUCAAGUUUUAUCGUAGCAUAAGAUUUACGAUAAAUAUAUUUGGUUAUGGUAUAUCGCUUGUGUUAAAGAAAAUUAGGGAUUACAAUAUUUCCGAAACGAUAGAAAAUCAAAGCGGGGAAUGAAAAAUUACGGAGAUUGCAUCAACGAAGAAACGUAGAAGCGAAAGAUUAAAAUUUUUACGUGUUUCACGACGUGAUGAAAUGAAAUGGCAUUUUUAAAUCGGUACUUGAAGUAUACUUGAAGAUUGCGUUAUCAGAGAAUUAUCGAGAUUGAAUGAUUGUAGAAAAUUACAAAUGGUAUUCCUAAGCUUUCGUCAAUUUUCAGAGAAAUGAGGUAGAAAGAAAAAUAGAGAAGUAAGGUGGAACGAGGUAAUAAAUUUCAUAAAGGGGGCGUUCGACUGCAGAAACGAAUUAUUAUUCGAGAGGAGGGGUUGAACGUUAUUCGAGGGAGGGAAGGAAACGUAGAAAGUCGAUGCUGAGUGCUCAAUAAUAAAUAGCAUUUUGACUGUCGGAUAUUCGAUUGUCGGGGAGGUCUCGUUGAAUAAAACGUGGAAGAAAGAGGGAUCCACGUAGCGCGACGAGGAGGAAAAUUUUUGAACUCGUUGUCGGUCGAGACAAUGAAAUGGCAUUUAAGGUAAAAGCAAACGCCGAUACGAGAGAAAGAGAGAGAGAGAGAGAGAGAGACCCAGGAUGCUGGAUUGAUCGCUGCGCUGACAAAGUGGAGACCCACGACUCUAAAAUUUCCCAAUCGAAUCAGUCUUCGACCAUCCACCUUUUCACCCCUUUCGAACCGCGCUAAUUGCACAGCCUUGACAAUGCCGUGCACGAUUGAUGGAUCGAUGCGAGAAGAAUCGAAUUGAUCCUCUCGUCGAAAUCGAGAUAGUGAAAAAAAUUCCUUUCAACGCUUAUCUUGCGGAACAAUUUUUUUUUCUUCGAUCAUUUCUUUUUUUCUUUUUAUUCGUUUCUAUUAUUUAUAGGUAUUUGACGUUUCUUUUUGAUUUUAUAAAUAAUUAUAAUUAUACACCUGUAAAUUGACUAUGAUUGGUAUAAUUUAAGAAAAUUGAAAACUUGUAUUUUGUAUAGGAAAACUUGAAUUUCUCGAUUUUUUCGUUUUCUUUUAUUCUUCUAACGAUGUUAAUAAUAUCAAUAAUAUUUUUUUUUACAAUUAUCAAUUAUAAAAAAAAAUAAUGUAAUUAAGAUGUGGAAUUAAUCUUGAUUGAUUCUAUUUAAUCAUAUCAAUAAUGCAAUAAUAGUAGAACAAAAAAUCUUGUAUUCGCUACAAGAAAUUAAAAAGUGUUUAUUCGUCUAUUGAAAUCAGAUAUUAUAAAUAAGGAUAGAAUAAUAAUGGAUAUUAUUCUUAUUUUGGAAAAUAUUAUUUUAUACGAUUGUAUUGUAUAUUGUAAAUAUUUUUCGAUCUUAAAUAUUUAUCUCUUGGAUUACGUAAUUUUAAGAAAAACGACCGUUUUCAGAUAGCGUAACGAUUUUUAACGAGUCUACAAUCUAGACGGAAAGGUCGCGAUCUCUGCCACAAGGCAAGAUUUGUUGAAAUUCGAUUAAUCGUGUUUGACGCUGUUAAAAAUAACGAAUAAUAGGGUUACCUAGAUAAAUAUUAAAUAAUUUACUUGAUAGCUAAACACACAGUAUAAUUUUAUUUCGAUUAUUUUCAAUUUAUAAUAUAAAUAAUGUUAUCUGUUUUAAUGUGAAUAUACAUUUUAAAUGUUCACCGAUCAUAAUAUCAAGAUUAAAACAGGCACGAUAAUGAAACAACAAUAAAUAUAUUUCUUCAAAUCGAAUAAUCAUGAAUUUUUGAAUGAAGGAUAUCACUCAUUCGAAACUCAACUCAUUCUAAUCUUGAAUGUUUCACAAUUAUUUGAUAAUUAAUUUCUCAAUAACAAUUAUUUGACAUAAAUUACUAAAAACAAGAAAAAUGAUGUUAGAGUUUUAGUUUCAUUGGUUAUUUUGAGAAAUGUCGGUUAACAUUCCAUAUCAGAUAGUUAAUCAUUCUUUUAUGUUAAUAUAUCACAACCUCAAGUAAACAAUUCAUGAGUUAUUUUUUUAACUGGUAAAGAUAAACGAACGAAAAUAAAUUUAAAAAUUUGAAAUUAACUUUCUCUUUACAAUUAUUUAUUUACAAUUACAAUUCACAAUUGUUAUUCGAUAUUCGAUAAAUAACGACAUUUAUCUAUCGAUUGCAAGAAUUAUACAAAUCCAAUGCAUUUGUUGACAAUAUUUAAUUCAAUUUCAAUUUUUUUUAACAAUUUUAAAAAAUCUAAAUUCGUUUUACACUUCAAGGUUUUACGUUUUAUCGAUUGUGAUCCUUCAACGAUCAUUCCUUAAAUUUUUUAUAAAAAAAAUCGGAUAAGGCUAACUAUUGAUCAUAUGAGUAAUACUCGUGUUACACUUAAAAUAUUCCUUAAAUAUUGCACGUGUAUUUUAAGUCGAUAUCAUUAGCGCGAUACGAAAUGGACAAGUAAAAAUGAUAAAGUAAUAAUAAAUAAAAGCAACAAUUUUCACAAGGCCGAACAAAUCGAAUAUAAAGACCGGCCGUUUUUCACAAAUUUCAAAAAGUAGUACUUUUAUUAUUUUCGCUCGAAAAUUUUGACAGAAAAUCCUGUUUCAAAAAUGUCCCGUGCCGUACUCUUUGUUCUCCUUGUCGUUGCUUAUAUCUGUAUAAGCAACGUGAACGCUUGUGGACAAAACGAACAAUUUAAAGCAUGCGGAGGUUGCGAUCAAAGGUGUGGAGGUGAAAGAAUCGAAUGUCCCGAGGUAUGUCAACCUAGCUGCGCUUGUAUCAAAGGAUUCGUAAGGAAUGCCGCAAACAAAUGCGUCUCACCUAAGCAUUGUUAAGAUCCUUUGCUACGAAUUAAUUAAAAUAAAUGCUAUUCUUCAAAUAUAGGAGUGUUCGAAAAAAAUAAAAUGUAAUUAUUAAAUGUGUAAA